CAGUUUUCACUUUUUAAUUAAUUAAUGGGCAUUUCUUUCAGCGAGUGAUUGAUUACUAUCCAUCGCAUCCCUGCUGACGCGCGAUUUAUUAAAAUUCAGAUUUUUUUUCCCCUUUUGCCCCUUGAAUCAAACCAUUCUUCUCUUUUUCUUUUCUUUUCUGUUUUCUCUUUUCGUCUUCAUCUUUCUUCGGAUUUGUGAUAGAUUCUACAUCCUUUCUAGUUUCUCCUCUACUUUCUAGACGGAUAGACCAUCUUUACUUUAGAUAUAUAUAUUGAAUAAAUAUAUACAUCUCUCUCGCUCUACUGGUAUAGAUAGACGCACGAAAGAACCGUCCCAUAGAAGAUGUCCCCGACCAUCCACUGCGUUCGUCACGCUCAGGGAGUCCACAACCUCUCGACAGCCAACCACGUCAUCCACGACCCUCUCCUCACGGACCUCGGCAACGAACAAUGCCGCCAAUUGCGCGACGCAUUCCCCUACCACGAGAAGAUCGAUCUCGUGGUCGCGUCCCCGCUACGUCGCACCAUGUACACGGCGCUGCAGAGCUUCGAGCCCUUCUUCAAGGCGAACCCGGACAAGAAGUUGCUGCUGCUGCCGGAUACCCAGGAGACGAGUGACGUGCCGUGCGACACGGGCAGCGAGCCGGAGGUGCUGAAGCGCGAGAUCGAGGAGAAGGAGUUGCCCGUGGAUUUGCAGUAUGUGGUCGAGGGGUGGAAUGACAAGGUCGGUCGGUAUGCGCCGACGAAUGAUGCGAUUACGGAUCGGGCGCGUGAUGCUCGACGGUGGUUGAAGGAGCGGCCGGAGCAGAAUAUCGUCUUGGUCACUCAUGGUGGGUUUCUGCAUUUCUUCACGGAGGAUUGGGAGGAUAGCAGUCAAUACCAGGGAACCGGUUGGCUGAACACCGAGUUCCGGGAGUACGUUUUCUCCAUAGAGUUUCACACCGAGGAUCUCGACGGCAAGGCGCUGGCGGGCGACAACGCCAGCUUGGUCGAGACCGUGGAUUCGCGCGCGCGUCGUGGAAAGGAGGGACCCAUGGCUGGGCGGCGGCGACAGAGCACGCUGUACAAGCUCGGAACGCAGGACUGGGACGACCAGGGGUUGCAGCUCAGCUCGGCGGAGAGAGAGGUUCUCAAGAAUAUCGAUCCGAAUGGCUUUCAGCGAAUAGAAUUGGAUGAUUGCAUUCAUUCUGUGGCGAAAGGCAUGUAAUAUUGAAAGGAAUGAUCCGGGGUGCGCAGGGCUGAAAAAAUGUAACAAUAAAUUGCUUUGAGGUUUGAUCAUUGUGAUCUCAAAGAACUGCACAAUGGUACUGCUGUCCGCACACAAGCAUCAAAGGGAUAAAGGUGCCAUGAAUGGAUGCGGUCUCGUAACUCACAAGAACAAAGAGGGACUUGUGCAUUGUCUCCUUCAUCUAUAAGUAGGCGACAACCUCGAGUCUACCCUCA